AUGAUGCCUGGUCAGUCGCAACGUGGGAAAAUAAAGUCUAUGAGAGCCCGAAAUCAGCGUAUGCCAAUAUCGUCCGCGAAUGCUUCACGUUUGACGCAUACACAGAAUACAUCCGAUGAAGGUUUGGGGAUAUACGCAAACCCCGGAUUAACUUACAUUCUUGGACGUCAUGUCAUUGCCGAUUUGGGAUUGACGUACGCUCAGGUUGCACAUAAGAAUGAUAAAGGCAGUCGGAAGAAUGUAACUGACAAGACUGUAUUUUGGUCCGAAAUCAAAAUGGUUCGGAUCCCAAAUAUUAAGCGGUCAGAUUGCUUAAUAAAUGACAUAAAGACUGACAGUGAGAUCGCAAAGGAAUGUCCUACCAAUAACUUCGUAGUGGACAAGGAAUUAGUCCCAUUCUUUGCAUCAUCGGAUGGGGUUAAGGACUGUCUAUUAGACCAAGGAAGCUUUUCUGCAGUUGAGAUGUUUGAAACGAACGAAAAGAUGUUCUCAGUGUCAUCUACCUAUAAUGCAGAUCUACGAGAAUACACGACACCUGUUGACCGUUCCGCUCCCAAUUUCCCGGAGACUGAGGCACGGUGUGCAAAACUAGCUCAAGACAUCACCGAGAAUUUUUCAGGUAUGGGCUUAAUGGACGAUGAGGGAGAUAUUAGUUUGGAAAAUGAAGAGGAAAAGUAUAGUGCGGUUGUUCGUCCUGGCACAGUCCAAAAUGCUGUGCGUAGUGCUAAAAGCAGUCAUCGUUCAAAUGUAGUCUCUCAACUGGAAUCGACAGUUAAUAGUAGUGGUAGCCAGUUGUCCCAGGUUUGUAUUCAAUCGAGUAAAGCAAGUCAUAGUGAAGCUGUGCGGGUGAGUAUAUCUGUUGGAGAUACGUUGAAGUCGGACGGUGGUCCUCAGGUCAAUGGUGUGUCUAAACCUUGUGUUCAAAAUGAUAAAGACAAAAGCAAACAAAGUUACGACCAGCUUCCGGAGGUGUCAAACUCUGUUAGCGUGUCCACGACUACGUCAUACAUUAAGAACAGCACUGCAGAUGCUCCUGUUACUUCCGUUGGUAAGACCAGCACAAGUGAAGGACGAGUGAAGAAGUCAACAUUGGAUCCUAAUGCACCAGAAUUUCAACCAAUGGGGUUAUCAUACAAUUCGCAAUCUAUGGUUAACAUAGCUCAAAACCUUCAGUCAACUUUACCCUCUUUUUCAGCGCAAGGUAUACAUAUUCCACAACAUUAUAUGUCAACCAUGAAUGUGAUCUCUCAAGCUCCUCAGCUGCCCGGGCAAACAGCGUUUAUUGCUGCAGGUCAGCAAAUGUACACACCCUUCCCAUAUUCUCAUCAAGCCCAGAUGCAGCACCUGCUAACUACACCAGUGUGCUCCAAUGGCCCAGGAGCAGCUCAACAAAUAAGGGGGAAUUCUUUACCACCUCUGAACCAACAGAGUUAUGCCAACCAUGGCCACGGUAUGUUACCUCAACUGGGACAAGGUGUUUCACUGGGGCAGAUUAUCACAACUCCUCAAAUGAUUACAGGUCACAAUUCUUCAGGUCGUCUCUCUGUUUGUCCUUCGUCUUCCGUCAACUUGACGCGCCAACGAUCGAAUGACUCCCCAUCCGCGGUAACGCAUUGUACGUCGUAUGCCAUUCAACAACCAGCAAUGUCUAUUCCCACUUUCCAAUCACAAGCAGUCUACCAACUACCUCAGCCAAAUGGUGCGUUCCCAUUCUUAGUGUCAAGUCAUCCCCAGAUGGGGUUGCAAUUUCUCCCCGGUUUACCCACUGCGGUCAGCUCCGGUCUUAUGGUCGGUGGUGUUCAUGUUUCACAGGCUUCUAACCAGCAAGUAUGUCCAACUCAUACCAUAAUGCAAAUGCAACCUACACACUUACAACUUCCUGUUGGACAGUCAGACCAAGUAACUGCUCCAUCGACAACACAACAAACCUCACAAUCUCAGCAGAUGUUUCCGCAACACUUCCAAGAUCAUCCUCAUCCUAGCCAGAUACAUUCAUAUCCCAAUGUUCCCGCUCCAUACCAACAUAAUUUGAUGUUUGCUCCUCAACAGAAUGCGUCUGGAUUUUAUCCCGCAAUGGUUGCAGGACCAGGGACGGUGAGUCAUGUUGCUGGCCUGUCGCCUGUUGUUGGUCAACCUAAUCCUCACUCACUGAACGCUAGCAUUCCACAUCAGUCGAAUCAGCCCGAUUCUUCAUUGAUCAAUUCCCAACAGAUACAACAAUCUCAUAUGAUGCCUCAGCCAAAUUGCCAGCCACAACAGUUACUACAGCACUACCCAGCGGUCGCUCAAGCUCAGUUUCUGCAAGCGCAACAGCUAUCUGCUGCUCAGCAUAUGAGCGGCCAACAUCUUCCGAAUAGUCACACAUACCAUGCUGCCCUGCUUGCUGCAAUGACUGCAGGAGGUGCAGCCGGGGCUCCUCAGAGUCACUGA